AUGGCUACUCUUCAAGUCCCUGCAUCUGUUCCUUCCCCUGAAGAGGAUGCUGAGCAGCUUAAAAAAGCUUUCACUGGAUUGGGCACAGAUGAGGGAGCUAUAAUCACCAUAUUGGCACAUAGGAAUGGAGCCCAACGGAAUUUGAUUCGCGAAGCAUAUGUUGCAGCUUAUGGAGAAGAUCUUCUCAAGGACUUGGAGAAAGAAAUAUCGGGCGAUUUUCUGCGUGCGGUCAGCCUUUGGACAUUGGAUCAAGCCGAGCGAGAUGCAAAGCUGGCAAAUGAGGCUACAAAGAUGUUCACUUCGAGCAAUAUUGUUAUCAUGGAAAUUGCUUGCACUAGAUCAUCAUAUGACCUGUUUAAGGUAAGGCAGGUGUAUCAUGCCCGUUACAUGAAAUCGCUCGAGGAAGAUGUUGCACAUCACACAUCUGGCGACUUUCGCAAGCUGUUGGUUCCUCUUGUGACUGCCUUCCGGUAUGAAGGAGAAGAGGUGAACAUGAUGCUGGCACAUUCAGAGGCUAAAUUGCUUCACGAGAAGAUAUGCGACAAAGCCUAUGCCGACGAAGAGCUUAUCCGAGUCCUAACUACGAGGAGCAAAGCACAGCUCAAUGCCACACUCAACCAUUACAAUGAUCUUGUUGGAAAUGCCAUAACUAAGGAUUUAAAAGCUGACCUGGACAACAAGUAUCUCACCUUCUUGAGGGCAACUAUAAAAUGCCUGACAUGCCCCGAGAGAUACUACGAGAAAACACUACGACUAGCCAUAAAGGGUCUCGGCACGGACGAAAAUGCCCUCACCCGUGUGAUCGUGACCCAAGCCGAAGUCAACUUGCAGCGUAUUAAAGAAGAAUACCACAGGCGCAACAGUGUGCCCCUUGAGCACGCGAUUUCGGGGGACACUUCUGGAGAUUAUGAGAAGUUCCUGCUUGCCUUAAUCGGAUAA